AUGCCGAAACGACACCGCCAGCCCGAUAUCUCACACCUCACUUUCCUCAGCCCACAGGAGAAUAUUGAAGACUACGGUGACCGUCCACCAGUUGGAUCAGAAGAAGAGAGUUGUAACAGCGAUGAGUUUAACGGGAGUGAUAUGGGCAAUGAUGGUAAUGUCUCCUCCUCCGCCGAUACACCGCGUGAAGACACGGACAGUUCCCUCAUGAUGAGAGCUGGUAGCGCCAAUAGCAGCACCAGCGGCAGCGAGAAUGAUAAUAUCGGAGAGUAUGAGGAAGGAGAGGAGGAUGAGGAUGAGGAUGAUAACGCCAGUCUUAUUAAUGUGGACUUUGGAGUGUUUGAUAUGAAGCCACGUGAUGUGGAUGCGGUGAUGCAUCUCAUGGAUCAACUCUGUCCAGAUAAAAUGAAUGAAGUGGAUCGUGAUGAAUUGGGCGCGGCACUUCACGGGAGCCCCUUUACGUCUCUUGUGAAGAUCGCCACAGACGAUGAUGAUGAGGAUGAGGAUGAUAAUGAUGAGGAUGAGGAUGAGGAUAUUGAGAACGGUAACCGCAGGAAUGAUGCUGGUACAAACGAUAGCGAUAAUAAUAAUAAUAAUAAUAAUAAUAAUAAUAAUAAGGAUGAAGAGGAAGAAGAGAUAUAUGGAAUGGCGAGUAUUCUUGAUUUGGUCCACAACCCCCGUCUGAGUACUCUCUUGGCGCACCUUAAAAACAGUAUGUGGCGCACUAUCACACCUGGCAUUCUCCCAACAGAUAUGUUGGUGUCAUGUGAGGAAGGAACAGGAAAGGCUAAAUGUGUGCUUCUCGUUGGUGAGUAUAUUCGUAAUGUUCCAUUGGAGUUAACAUCACAUAUUUUAAAUGAUUUGUUAGAGCGAUUCCAGAAAAUGUACGAUACAAAACAAGACAACCCUAGAGUCGAAGUGAAGGCAACAUUCCCUUGUAUGUUUGCGGUACUUUCCAAAAUACAGCGGGCGGUGGAUCCACCAGUAACAAACACAACCCGUGAGGAUGCAGUAAAUAAUAAUAAUAAUAAUAAUAAUAAUAAUAAUAAUAAUAAAAAGAAGAAACGACGACAAAGUGUUACUCAACAGGAGGAGUUUGAUUUGACUCGGUACAUUUUCUGGCGUGAGGAGGAUUCUAUUCUCUAUGAAUACAGAGACAAACGCAUUGCCACCGUGGCAUAUCGCUGUCGUCCACAGUAUGACUGUCAACCAGAGAAUGAUAUUCCCAUUUCUCUUCUGUAUGUGCUGCCGUACAAUGGAUUGGUACAGGCUGUAGCGGAGAUCAGAAAGCGUGAGUCUACACAGACAAGUAUUGUGCACUACUGA